AUUCCCAUAACCAUAUUCGAAUGUUCCUGAACGCAGCCACUAAUAAUGUCAUGUGUCAAUGUCAAUGAAUGUCAUGUCACAAGUUUUGAGUAGUCUUUGACUCUUUUGAGUUGAGAAUACCCGUUACAUUGAUUUUGUUUCCACUGUGUAAACUGUGUUGUGUGUCUUUGUUUUUUGUUUGUUUGGAAUACUUUUAUCCAAUUCGUAAUGGAUGACAACUUAAUUGACGAACAAGAUAAUUCAGAUCAAGAAUCCUGUGUUGAUAACGCAAGCACCCCACCUAAAAAGCGAAAAGUUGUUACGAGGAAAAAAAGGUCACAGAAGUACACACAAUCUUGGGAAAAUGAAUUUUCUUGGCUGAGGAAAGACCCAGAAAAUAAUACAAAUGCAAAAUGCAUAAUUUGUGGUGUAAUUUUUUCUAUUUCAUCAGCUGGAGUUGGACACAUAAAACAGCAUCAAGAUACAAAACAACAUAAAGCCAAAACUGAAUUAAAAAGGACAUCAGGAGUCCUACAAAAGUUUUUGACUCCACCUUCAACUUCAAAACCAGUAUCUGAAAAUGAUAAUGUUACAGCUGCUGAAUUAGCUUUAACAUUCCAUACAGUUAAACAUAAUUUGUCGUAUAAUAGCAUGGAUUGUUCCGUUAAACUAGAUAAAAUAAUAUAUAGUGACUCGAAAACCGCUACUAACAUCAAAUUAGCCAGGACUAAAAUGGAAGCUCUGGUUACAGAAGUACUUGGACCUCAUGCUCUUGAAAGUGUAGUUAAUGAUUUAAAAGAUGAAAAUAUGUAUUUCUGUCUGCAAACUGAUGCAUCUAAUAAAAAAAACAUCAAAUUAUUCCCUUUAGUAGUUCAAUAUUUCACUGUGGAAAAGGGAAUACAAAACAAACUUUUAGAUUUUUAUGAAAAUGCUAAUGAGAGUGCUGAUGGCAUGUUUGCUGCUAUAAAAAAAUCUAUGGAUAUGUAUAAUAUCCCUUUUAAUCGAGUAUCUGGCCUUAGUGCAGAUAACACAAAUUCAAAUUUUGGUGUGCAUCACUCAUUAUACACUAACAUGGCAGAUGUAGUACCUGAUAUUGUUAAGGGUAAUUGUCAUGCACAUAUUGUGCACAACUGUGUGAAACAUGGAAUGGGUUUUCUAACUUAUGAUGUUGAAAAUGUUAUAUUAAAAAUAUAUAGCCAUUUUUCUGUGUCAGCUUGUAGGAGAGAACAAUUGAAAAUGUUUGUUGCAAUAGUUGAAGGAGACUUUCAUGAGCUUAAGAGACAUAUUGGCACUAGAUGGUUGUCAUUACUACCUUGUAUUGAUACCAUAUUAUUGAAUUGGCAUCCAAUAUGUGAUUAUUUUAAAAGUCUAGAUGAGGAUUGCUCUAUGAUAAUUCAAAAUCUGUUGAUGUUAGGUCAUAAAGAUGUUUUAAUUGAAAUUUACUUACAUUUUGCCAGCCAUAUUUUAAACAUAUUUAACAAAACUAUUAAAUCUCUGGAAGGUAACUCUGUUACAAUAGUAGAUGCUUUUGGUAUAAUGGAUAAUUUGAAAACUGAAUUACUGCAAAGACAGAAAGACAACUAUUAUGGCUGUACAACAAAAAAGAAAUUAAAAACUCUUGAACAAUCAUCACCCGACUUGUUUUGUAAGAUUAACACUAAUUUUUCAUUGUGUAUAGACAAAUGUUUAAGUUAUCUACAAAAAUGGUUUGAUUUUAGUAGUAGCUGUAAUCACUAAAUACAAUAUCUUUAAAAACUAAUGUUGAAUUUAAUUAUUUUGAAAAAAUUAUAGAAGGAAAACUUAAUUUACAAAGACUGAACAUAAACAUGGACAGUUUAUAUUCAGAAGUGAUCAUUUUGAAACAACUCCAAGCCGAAUUGUUUAAUAAUACA